GUCAAACAGUACAGUGUGCAGGAGCAUCCCUCCUCUGAGCACCAGCACCUCUUUAACAGACCAGCCUGAAAAUACUGGUGUCAAGCAGCAGCCACCUUACUGACAGUCUUAUAAUAAUUAUUAUAAUAAUUCCCAUCAAUUAGAGACAAACUUAAGUGUUGAUGCGUCUUCCAGGGCGGCUGAAAAACAUGCCGUGUCUCGCGUUAUUGUUUCUCUUCUGCUCCAUCCUUCAGACAAAUGCAUUGACAACAUGUGGAGCCACGCAGUUCCAGUGCGGGAAUGGGAAAUGUGUUACGGCUCGAUGGGUCUGUGACGGCACGGACGACUGCGGAGACGGCACAGAUGAACUUCCUGGUACCUGCUUGUCCAAAACGUGCAGACCGACAGAGUUCAGCUGCAGAGACCGCCUGAACCAGUGCAUCCCGAGCACCUGGCACUGUGACGGGAAAGCUGACUGUGACAACGGAGCCGAUGAGGAGGGCUGUGCACCGAAGCAGUGCACCAACACCGAGUUCCGCUGUGGUAACGGUCAGUGCGUAUCGUCCUCCUUUGUGUGUGACGACGAGGCGGACUGCGACGACGGCAGCGACGAGGCUUCCUGCCCGGCCGUCACCUGCAGCCCGUCGUCCUUCCAGUGCCACAACAGCGUCUGCAUCCCCCGCCUGUGGGCCUGCGACGGGGACACCGACUGCUCCGACGGCUCGGACGAGUUGCCCCAGAGCUGCGGUACGAAGGCGCCUAAAACUGCACCCGCUCACCCGUGCUCCUCCCUGGAGUUCCACUGCAGGAGCGGAGAGUGCAUCCACGGCAGCUGGAAGUGUGACGGAGGAGCCGACUGCCUCGAUCAAUCGGACGAAGCUGACUGUGCUCGUCCCACCUGCCGCCCUGAUGAGUUUGAGUGUGGUGACGGAACUUGCAUCCACGGUAGCCAACAGUGCAACCAACAGAACGACUGCAGGGACAUGAGUGAUGAAAUUGGAUGCGUCAAUGUAACCCACUGUGAAGGCCCGACCAGGUUCAAGUGCCGCAGCGGGGAAUGCAUCAGCAUGGAGAAGGUGUGUGACAGGAAGCGUGAUUGCAGGGAUUGGUCGGACGAGCCUCUCAGACAAUGUGGCUCCAAUGAGUGCCUGUACAACAACGGCGGCUGCUCUCACAUCUGCAAAGACCUGAAGAUCGGCCACGAGUGCCUGUGUCCCUCUGGGUUUUACCUGGUUGACACGAAGCGCUGUGAAGACAUCGACGAGUGUGCCAACCCGGACACGUGCAGCCAGAUCUGCGUCAACCAGAUCGGCAGUUACAAGUGCCAGUGUGAGGAAGGUUACCAAGUUGACCCAGCGACCAAAGCCUGCAAGGCCAUCGGCACAAUAGCGUACCUUUUCUUCACCAACCGUCAUGAAGUCAGAAAGAUGACUCUGGACAAAAGCGAGUACACCAGAGUCAUCCCCCGUCUGAAGAACGUCGUGGCCCUCGACAUGAACAUGGCCGCCAAAGAGAUCUACUGGUCCGACAUCUCCCAGAAGAAGAUCUACAGAGCUCAGAUGGACUCGGCCGAAGACCCCGCUCAUCACAGCGUCGUGAUCGGCAGCGAAAUCGACGCUCCUGAAGGCAUCGCUUUCGACUGGAUCCACGGCAACCUGUACUGGACCGACAGCAUCCGCAGCACCAUCUCCGUGGUAACCGCUGACGGCAGCCGCCGAAAAACUCUCUUCCGCCAAAACUUGUCUAAACCUCGUGCCAUUGUGGCGGACCCUCACAGCAACUUCAUUUACUGGACUGACUGGGGGAAUCCCGCUAAGAUUGAGAGGGGAGGUUUUAACGGAGGCGACCGCACCGCUCUGGUCACUGACAACAUCGAGUGGCCCAAUGGAAUCACACUCGACCUGCUGAACCAGCGGCUCUACUGGGUGGACUCCAAGCUGCACACCCUCUCCAGUAUCGACGUGCAGGGCGGCAGUCGACGCACCCUCAUCGUCGACGAGCACAAGCUGGCUCACCCGCUGGGCCUCACUGUGUUUGAGGAGAGAGUUUUCUGGACGGAUGUCAGUAACAGCGCGAUCCUCAGUGCAAACAGGCUGACGGGUGAUGACAUCACACCGCUGGCAGAGCACCUAUCAUCCCCGGAGGACAUUAUUCUCUAUCACAACCUCAAACAGCCGGCUGGGAGGGAUUGGUGCCAGGUAUCCGGAUGUGAAUUUAUGUGCCUGGCAGCUCCUCAAGUGGGCCGACACCCCCCCAAAUAUACCUGCGCCUGUCCAGAUAACAUGAUGUUAGCCAGAGAUAUGAGGACAUGUGUGCCCGCUGUACCAACACCUGCAGCUCCCGCGCCGCCUCAAGUUCCAGCCACAAACCCUCCUCCUCCUCGACCUCCAGCGCCAGCCAGCACCACACCUAAACCUCCGGUCCGCACCACACCAAAGCCCCAGGUCCGCACCACCACCGUGGCGCCCGUCGUGGUCACCACCGCUGCAGCCAGACCGGCACCACGCACCACCAAACCUCCUGUCAGGACCACCACACCUGCACCAAAGACCCCGUCACCCCAGCCUGUGAACCCGAAAAUCCUCCAGACCACCACAGAGACUCCAGUCACCUCUCCAGAUUUCCGACAUGAUUUUGCUGCUGUGCCCAAAACCGCCUCACAGACCCCGAUAGCUCUGUACAUUGCUUUACCUCUGGCGAUCGUCUGUCUGGUUGCUGUUGGUGGCGUGCUGCUAUGGAGGAACUACAGGCUGAAGAACACCAACACGAUUCACUUUGACAACCCAGUUUAUCAGAAAACCACAGAGGACCAGGUGUACAUUUGGAGGAGUCACAGCCCCGAUGGUUACUCCUACCCAAAAAGACAAAUUGUGAGUUUGGAUGAGGAGGCGGACAACCCGGCCUUCACAGAAAACUGAGAAACGCCGGGCGGAGUGGAAAGAAAAGCCUCGAUGAUAAGCUACCUUGGACGUCCGUUUGUAUUUUUCUUUACCUCACACAGCACAAAGAUAUGGAAGUCAAAGCCAGUUUCAGAACCACUAUAUCCUCAAACGAACAAGCGCUCUACAGUGGAAAAAAACACAGGGUGAAACAUUUUCAGGUUGCACAUUUUUUUUCCAUUAAGUCGACAAUCCAUUUCUCACAUAAUCAUACCAAAUCAGCAGGCUGAACAGACCUCCACCUGCACGGGACGCAUGGAAGUAUGAGGGCAGUGAUGUUUACGUUUGAAACAAACAGAUCUAUUUUCAUAUGUAAAAGGAGUAUAAAUGAGCCUUUAGGUCAUGGUAAUUGGAGCAUUCACGGCUGCUUGUAAACAGAAAUAUUUAUUUUCUGUUGCAACAUAUCUUAUCUUAUUAGGAACACUGUCUUUUUUGGAAUGAGUGCAAAAAACAGAGUAUUAUGUGCAUGUAAAUGUAGUCCUUGUUGAAGCCACAUAAUGCCUUUUUUACAUGCAUCAGUCUAACUGAGCUCAUAUAAUGCAAACUUUAAUAUGAAUUCCAUCUAAUGCAAUGAUUCUUAACUUGCUGCCCACAACCGUUUUCUAAUUCACAGUGAAAAUUAAUAGAUGGACAACCUUUUUUUUGUUUUUAUUUUUUUUUGCGUUUAGAAUGUAAAUAAGGUGCCAGUAUGCAAAAAGCAACAAAAUAUGGCUUGUUUAUCAAAAAGAAAGUACUGGGGAGAAUCCCUAAUUAACAUAUAAUAAUUAUUGUUAUUUAUACAUUAAUUAUUAUUUGUUUAUUUAAAAACGUGAACCCUCUCUAAUUUUGCAAAAGUGGUGGCCGGGCUAAUCAAGUUAAGAAUCACUGUUUUAUUGUGUUUAAGGUACAAGUUACAUGCAAGUGUUGUAAAUAUCAUAGGUUAUUAUUUUUGUUUGUUCAUGGAACAUUAUUGAAUCCUUUUCGCUUUCUUGGUCAUUUUAAUAUCUAAAUAUAUGAGGGCUGAAUAUACAAUAAUAACAUGAGGCCACUACAUCCAGCAGACAGUUAGCUUAGCUUAGCUUAGCUCAAAGACUGGGAAUGUGAAAAAACAGCUAGCCUGGCAAGAAUUGUAAUUUGCAUACUUUUUUGAUAGGUAGUUUUGCAAAGAAUUGAUAAAUAAGAUAUAAUGUUAGCUUUAGUGAUUGGCUGGCAGAUUGAUUCACCUUUGGACAGGCUAGCUAUUCACAGUUGUUUACAGUCUUUGUGCUAAGCUAAGCUAAGCUAAGCUAAGCUAAGCUAAGCUAAGCUAAUCACCUUAUGGCUCCAGCUCUAUACUUAACACACAGACAGACAAUGUGAUCAAUCUUAUUUCUUGCUUCUAACUGCCAAAAAGGCCAAUAUUUUUGGGGAAAAAAGUUUCUUUGGUCACUGGGAAAAAGAAAAUUUUUUAUUUCAACACAGACUCUAACACCAGAGCAGAUUUAACGCUGAGCGUCCAGUCGGUGAAUGUAAUAAGAAUUCUGCAUGUGCCAGUUUAACCAGUGUGACCUCAUUAAGUUUUAAUGAUCAACGCCAGUCAGUGUGCCUCAGUAGGGGAGCAAAAAUACUACCCAAAGCAACCUGAUCUGACAAAAAUUCGUGAAAUGACCACGACCUUGAACAGUUGCAAUUUUAGGGAAUCAGGAUUUGAUCUGUCGGAUAACAUUUUGAACGUCCAGUCGAGCCACACAAUUAAAUAAAACUUUCCCAAAUCAAGUUAGUGGAGUGGUAAACCGAAAGUUAGGCGUUCAGCCACCGUCAGUGUCUUGCUCUAUGGGAUGCACAGUUCAUAAUAAUAAUAAUAUUAAUUUAAAAAAUAUAAUAAUAAUAGUUUUUAUUUGUAUAGCGCCUUAAAAAAACAGAGUGUACAAAGUGCUUUGAUAAACAAGCAGAAAUGGGAUAUAUAGACAACAAUACAACAACAUAAAGCCAAACAACUCUUUUGAACAUAAGCAAAAAACUAGGCAAGAGUGUAAGUAAAAUUAAAGGCAGAGGACAAAUAAUGCAAGAUGCAGGACGCAUAAUGUCAAUAUAAAAAAACAACGAUAAAGAAAUAGA